AUGACGAAGCCCAUAAUAGAGGCCAAGCCGAGCACGCGCUCCUUUCUUGUAGUUGCCGGCGCAGCUCUAUCUCUCUUUUCCAGUGUCGGCUUCCUGAACUCGUUCGGGGUAUUUGAGGUGUACUACAAAGCAAACAUGUUGCAGAAUAAGUCCGAGUCAGACAUUUCAUGGCUUGGUUCGGUGUCUAUAUUCAUGCUCUAUAUUCUGGCACCGUUGGCCGGUGUUCUCGUUGACAGAAUUGGCCCCAAGGUGCUUCUUUGCAGCGGGAGCCUUGGCCUCCUGGUCGCCGUUUUUAUGACCUCCUUGUGCACCGAGUAUUUUCAAUUCUUCCUCUCACAAGCCCUUCUCCUUGGGCUAUCAAUGUCAUUUGUGACAUGGCCUCCUGUUGCUGUCGUAUCUCGCCAUCUGCCACACCAUAGGGGUCUAGCUUUAGGUCUGGUCAUCAGUGGAUCUUCGCUCGGAGGGCUUGUCUGGCCCAUCGUGCUGCAGCGACUCCUCUAUCAUACCGAACUUGGCUUCAAUUGGACGAUGCGUAUUGUGGGAUUUAUCAUGAUGCCCUUACUAGCGGCUGCCUGCUUGACCAUUGUCGAAGCACCUCACGAUAAAUCGCAGCCGUCGAUCCCAGACCAUCAUGAGCAGGGCCAAGCGCAGGAGCAUGAAGAAAAUAUAAGGAGCAGAAAACAGACGGACUUGUCGAUUAUAAAGCAACCGGCCUUCAUUUUCCUCUGCUCUGGCCUUGCAAUUGGCUACCUCGGCCUCUUCGCUCCCUUUUUCUACGUGUCGUCCUACGCAGUGGUAAAGGGAGUCUCGCCUUCCAUGUCCUUUUAUUUGAUUUCGAUCCUGAACGCUGCUUCAUUAUUCGGCAGAGUCUUCCCUGGGAUACUAGCUGAUCGGUGGGGACACUUCAAUUUUAUGGUUGUAGCCCUGGCGACGUCUGCCAUAGUCGGCUUUUGCUGGACUGCUGCGACGAGCCUGGCUGGGCUGAUUGUGUGGUCCUUAACGUAUGGUUUCACAUCGGGUGCUGUAAUGAGCUUGCAAGGGGCGUGUUCUGGGAAACUUGCCAGCAGAGACACGCAAGGUACCACAAUCGGACUUGUGACGGGGUCUAUCUCUGUAACUGUCCUCGUUGGUACACCCAUCGCGGGCCAGCUGGUAGCCACCGGCGGGUAUUUGGCCCUUUCCAUGUUUACAGGAGCCAGUCUUGGAGUAGGCUCAAUGAUAGUGGCCUUGGCUAGAAUCCAGCUGGACAGACAACUUCUGAGUGCUGUGUAG